AUGAUGGAAGUCAAACAGCGAGAGAUUGAGGAGGCCAAGGAAGGGGGUAAGACACCGGCGAAAAGAUUGAUCGCUGAUCCCACCAUCUCGGUCGACGACAUCGCCAAGGUGCUCGGGAAAUUCCUCGAAUUCAAAGGAUCAAAGGAUUUGUGGCCUCUCAUCUCUCCACCACCAGGCGGGCCGAACGAUUUUCAUUGGCAUACGCCUGUCAAUGGCGACUGGGUGGCAAAAGCAUCCGGCCUCCUCUACGACUUGCUCAGCCUCGCACCCAACACCAAAGUCCUGGGGACCAAAGUGGUCGCUGCUUUCCGGUUCCUGCACUCCAACAAGUUUUUGGUGUUGCCAGAAAAUCGGACCCAAGCCCACCUCGAUCGCAUGGACAUGGCCAUCCGACUGCUCUUAAACUUUUUGAAGAAGAUGAAAAUGAGCGAAGCUUUGAAGACCAGGGUUACAAGAAUGCUUGGUGCAAGCGAUGUUAUGAGAAUCAAUCUGUGCCUUGAGAAAAUCGAACUUCCCUCUUGGUAUGUUGGCGAAGACGAUAAUGAAGGAGCUACUCCCCGCCGCAAGAUGUCCCAGGCCUCUGUGGACAGCUCCUUGGGACCUCUCGCCGUGGUGCCUUACGAGGGGCGAGCAGAACCUGAAGCCUCCCAGCCACGAGAACCUGAGAAACCCUCAGCCUUUACCGAGCCUCCUCUGAAAAAGCCCAAGCAAGCAAGCAGUGUGUCAGCAGCAAGACCCGUCGAUCUCCCGAGCAUGCCCAGCAUCUUCAACAGAAUCCUGGGUGGGAAGGGGCAGGCAGCAAAGAUUCAGCAGCACAAGACACCCAAGACUGAGACAAAGCCCGUCGAGCCCCCCAGCAAGAACACGAAGAAAACAUCCGAGCUGUUGUUGCUGGAGUCCAUGAAAUUUGUGCCCAAGCAGGUCGCCGAAGUCACCGGAAAGAAGACAACCGGCAAGAAAGCCAUGAAGGUGAAGAAGGUCAUGAAGUCCAUGAAAAAGGCUCCCACGAAGGCUAUGAAGAAGGCUCCCAUGACCCCGAAGGCCAUGAAAGCCCCCAUGCCCGAAGGCAUGACAGCCCCCAUGAAGGCUAUGAAAGCCCCCAUGAAGGCUAUGACAACCCCCAUGAAAGCCAUGCCGAAGGCAGCGGCGGGUUCGAAGAACUUUAAGUUUCAGUCUGAGAAGUACGGCUUGUGCAAACUGGAGAUGUACUCUGAGAAGUCUUACAUUCGACAGAUGCUGCCGGGAGGUGGUUUCAAGUCCGUGGUUUCAUGCUGCACGAAAGGGGUUCAUGCUGAUGUUUGCCGUCAGCUCGUCCCACAUGUGGAGAAGGGACUGUGU